AUAUACAUGUACAAUACGUUUAUGUACAGUAGUACGGUAUACUUCUAUCAUUUAUACGUACCCUCGUAUUUAUACGUAUAUUUAUUUAUACUUAUUCGUACUCUCUGUGUGCACAAUUCAUGCAAACAGUAGAAAUAUUGUAUCUGCACGGUGAGCAGUGAAUGCAAUAAUGCUGAAGUAUUGUACAUCCACAUGUAUCUACGUAAUAGCUCUGAAUCCCCACGAACAUUGUUAUUACAAUUCUUAUGAUGGGACCUGAAGCGUUGAACUUCAGCGCUCCAGGUAGCUGCGAAAUUUCGCCAUCGUUUCACAAAACAAUUACAGAUGUUUUUUACUGUACAGAUAGAUGUCUUUUACAAUAAGCAAAAUUGUUGGGCAUCCGGAUUCAAAAUUCAACAAAAUAUUUCAUUAAGCAGAAAUUUUCACUCGUAGUUGCCCGUUUUCAUGUAUGCUUAUAUUAAUAUUAGCAUCCCGCUGGUAGUGGAUUGCACUUGCGUAUAGAGAAUGCGUAAUAAUAAGCGUUUUACGAGUUCCAAAUGCAAAAGCAGAUAGUCCGAAACUGAUGCUUUGUUCUUCAAAAGACAGCAACAAGUCGACACGUGCGCAUUAACUAGUUCCGUCUAAUGUUCUAAACCAAUUAUUGGUACCGGUUUUCCUGAUCUGUUAGAUAGUCAUCUUGUAUAAAUCAGUGAUUUCUCCGAGCUUUGUAUCUCGAAGGCAUAACUCGAAGUAAAUGUAUAAAUGCAUGAGAACGUUAAUAAUGACUUAUAAAACGAAUUUUUAGACCUCUGUUUUGGCCUGUGUGCAAAUAAUAAAACGAGAAGUCGUUAAUCAUCAGGCUGCACCUGUUUUUUGUCUCAUAUGUAACACAUCCGCGUAACGCGGUGGACAGUUUUUCUUGGGUUAAACGGAAAAAAUGCAUCGCACAAUUUUGUUAACAUUGGCAAUAUGUUCUGGCUACGGAAAUGCUUAUAUCCGUUAUACGAUUAUUGGUCCGAAAAGUGUACAGUCAAAUACCACGUUUCCAAUUUCCAUACUGUGUGAAAAUGCCACUUCUGACGUUAAAGUGGAUGUCACGGUUCGUCCCUACGAGUCACCCAAGUGGGCAUGGGGAAAUGGUUCCUAUCCGGGCCAAUUUAUGUUCCCCAAAUCAUUCACCUUAAAACUGAAUCAACUAACACGUUUGGAAAUUGACAUCCCUGAUUUAUCACAGUAUCCAGAUACAGGAAACCGUUUAGGACUUUCGAUUAACGGGUCAGAUUCGACCGAUACUUUCUAUCGAUCUUACGAGUGGUCAAUCGGCGUCCGCCAACCGGCGCCAGUGGACGACAAGCCGUUAGCUUUUAUUCAAACCGACCAGCCGUUGUACAAAGCCAAAGACACGGUAGGCUUCCGAAUCGUCACUGUCAAUCGGCAACUGCACCCCGUUCGAAUACCUUUAACCGUGCAGAUACUGGAUCCCCAAAACAACAUUGUUAAGCAAUACAGCAAUAUUUCUGACACCGCUGUGACAGGAUAUUUUUCUGGAGAUCUACUGCUCUCCUCCGAACCGCUAUUGGGCUCGUGGACAAUCGAAGCGCGCACGUCAGUUUCCCAAAACGUUAUUGGAAAGAAGCAGUUUUCGGUUGAUGAAUACGUUUUGCCCAGAUUCGAUGUUAAAAUACUUUCGCUUCCGACGUAUGUGACACCAUCGGAUACGGUGCUGACCUUCUCCAUCGAAGCCAAUUAUACCUUUGGCGAGCCCGUAAAAGGUCAACUCGAUGCAGUAUGGAAGCGCAGCUGGCUAUAUUACGAAAAAACAACUGGAAGGAAUAUUUCGGUGAACGAUUUUAAUGGACGAUCAGUCGUUACUCUAAAUAUUACUAACGCCGUUCAUGCUUAUGGUGAUUACGACUCCGACGACAAACUAAUGGUCAGUGUUAAUUUCACGGAAACACUGACUGGACAAUCCAAGGUGGUCACCGCAAGCAUUCCGAUCCGUACAAGAGCGUACAAAGUAGAAAUACUGGACAAUGCCGGCACAUUUAUACCGGGAUUUCCCUAUGCUUUCCGUGCACGGGUCAGCGAUCUCGAUGGACGUCCGCUUUCUCCCAGCACAAAGCCGAUUAAAAUCGGUUACACACUGUACGACAAACGGGAUAAGCAUCGAGCAAAGCGCAUAUAUCUGCGCAGCAAUUUCAGCUCGCUAGAUCUGGCAAACAGUAUGGACUUGAUGGGCGGCACGCGCGUGAUUCAUACCAAACUCAGACGGUUAAAUCGUCCACGGUCUGACGAUCAGCCGUACAACGAAGUUCUCACUUUGCCAGUUCCCCCAAAUGGCCUUGUCGAUGUGAUAGUUCCAAUCACAAAUGAUACUCGUCGAAUUGAGGUUAAAGUAAAAUAUAUGGACGACAGCACAACAUUUACGACAAUGGGAAGAGAAUCUCCAAGCGGCAGUUUUCUGGAUAUCAAGCCACUAACGCCUGAUAUGAGAAAGGGAAAAACAGUCACUUUUGGAGUCAACAUGACAACCAGAACAAACGAAACAAUACAACUUAUCCUGCAGUCCACCUCGAACGUUAGUUUCCUGUGGACCAAUUCAACUUCAGAACCGGGCCGAUCUAUAUCGAUUUCUGUGCCGCUUUCGGAUUUCUUUGGUUCGAAUGGGCGUCUUAUAGCUUAUUACGUCCGUGAUGACGGUGAAUUCGUUGGGAACAUCUUUAUCAUAUCUGUAUCCUCUCUGACGACCAUAAACGAGGUCAAUAUCUCUGCCGAAGCCAAAAGCGGAUUAGGGUACGUUCAGCCCAAUGAGGAGGCAGUGUUCAAAGCCAAGACUAGUCCUUCGUCAUUUGUCGCCUUUUUGGCUGUGGAUGAAAGUCUGCUGUUGCUGAAAACCGGCAACGAUAUUUCAACAGAAGAGAUAAAUAAAGCCGUUGGAAACGUAAAACCCAAGCCAGAGCAAUCAGAUACGUAUUCCGUAGACGACAUUUUCAAGAAAAAUCCCUCUGAAUCUGAUCUGUUCAUCUUGACGAACAACGUUUUCCCCUCAUCAAGAGAAGGACCAGAAAUUUAUUAUUCGGCCAUGUUUAGCAAUGCUUUGUUUGAAGACUUUGUUGGUGGGGCAUCUCCCGGAAGGUUUCCAUCAUCGUUUACCAAAAAUGAGGAUUCUGCAAAUAACCUGCAACCUCCAGCAAAAAACCGAAAAGAUUUUCGACAGAGUUUCCUUUUCGAAACGGCAACAUCCAAUGCGGAUGGUACGGCAGAAAUACAAUCCAAAGUACCAGAUGCAGUAACCACUUGGAAAAUAACAGCUUUCAGUCUGAGUAAUACAAGCGGGCUUGGGCUGACCCAAAUUCCGGCAAAGCUCAAAGUAUUCCAACCCUUUUUUGUGGUGCUCAACCUCCCGUUCAGUAUCGUGCGCUAUGAAAACCUAACGGCAGAAGUCCUCGUAUUCAAUUACAUGUCACAGCAACAGGAAGUUACAGUCCAGCUGCAGAUCCGUAAUCCUGACAACACAACCAGUGAGCUGAAACAGAAUAUAACUGCCAAACCGGGCGACGGAGUGACCGCCACAUUCAACGUAAUCCCUCAACAAAUUGGCGAUUUGAGGCUGAAAGUGACUGCUCGGUCAGCAUUCGCUGCGGAUCAGCUGGAAAAAACGCUUCCGGUUAAACCGGAAGGCGUGAAGCAGUAUUACAGUCGACCAGUUUUUGUUGACCUCCGUCAAUCGUCCAAUCUGGAGCUGCCACUGACGCUGCCUUCGGAUCCGGCUGGGAAAGUCGCCGGGUCAGAUAAAGUAGAAAUCAAAGUGGUCGGCGAUAUUUUGGGUGCUGCUAUGAAUAACCUGGACAAACUGAUCCGACUGCCAACCGGAUGCGGUGAACAAAACAUGGCCAUAACCACACCGAACUUGGUUGUUGCGAAAUACUUGAAACAGCUGAAUCAGCUUUCCGAAACUCAGAGAUCAAAACUGGUAUCCAAUAUGCAGCUGGGAUAUCAACGAGAAUUAACCUACCGUCACACUGAUAAUUCCUACAGUGCUUGGGGAAAAGCUGAUCCGAUUGGCUCGACAUGGCUCACCGCUUAUGUUGCUCGAGUAUUUUCCGAAGCAACGGAAUUUGUGCCCAUCAUCGAAGACGAUGUUGUACAAUCAGCGGUACGCUUUUUAAUCCAUCAGCAAAAGGAAGGCGGUUCGUUCGAGGAAAAAGGGAAGGUCAUAGACAAACAGCAUCAAGGUGGGGCUUCUGCGGGAGUAGCUUUGACGGCAUUUACUCUCUUAUCGAUUCUACAAUAUCAAGAGUCUGGUAACGAUUCAACGAAUCAGUUGGCGGCUUCGAAAGACAACGCUACUGCUUUCUUGGAAUCCAGGCUACCAACACUGACCAACGAUUCGUACACUUUGGCUAUCACGGCAUACGCUCUGGCAAAAACAAAGAGCGGUAAAAGCGCGUUAGCUCUGGAUUUACUCGAGCAGAAAAUGAUCAAAAACACUUCUGCCGCCUACUGGGCGACUGUCGCGUCUCUUUCCGAUCAAGGGGCUGACGUUGAACAUUCCUAUCCGACAAACGCCAAAGAUGUUGAAGCUACGGCGUAUGCACUCCUGGCGUUCUUGGCUAAUAACAAGUUCGCAUCCUCUCUGCCCAUUGUCUCUUGGUUAAUCUCCAAGCAAAACGCUGAAGGUGGAUUUGUAUCGACACAGGAUACCGUUGUCGGGCUAACCGCUUUAGCGGAAUUUGCCAAAGCAUUCAUUAAUCCGCCAUCCAUGCAAAUCGACAUUAACUACGACCAAAAUAAAAAGAACGUGUCGCUUACCCCAGAUUCCUCGGUUGUCCUGCAGACCGUGGAGCUGCAAAAUAAACCAAAAUCGGUUACUUUAAAAGCGCAAGGCAGAGGAUUGGCGAUAACGUACUUAAGCUGGACAUAUUACGUCGCCAAACCGGCUGAAGAUGUUGCAUUUGACCUUGAUGUUACCAAGACGACUUCUAACGCCGAUCUACGCAUGUCUAUUUGUAGCAGAUACGUUCGUGAAGGCAAGAGUAGCAUGGCGGUCAUUGAAAUAAAUACGCUUUCCGGUUAUCAGUUUGAUGAAGAUGAAAUUCGAAAACUAGUCAAGAGUGUUCGCACUCUACGCAAAACCGAAAUAGAAAACAAGGAAACCAAGUUAAAUCUGUACUUUGAUCAGCUGGAAGAAUCUCCAACGUGCUUCAAAAUAACUAUGUACCGAAUUUAUAAGGUAGCGGACAUUAAAGACCAGAGUAUUGUGGUUUACGAUUAUUACAAUCCCAAAGAACGACGGACGGUCUCAUACAGUCUUUCCUAACCGAAAAGUGUUUUUGGUUUUCGAACACUAUUACGAAAGAAACACAAAUUUGUGCCUAGUGAACUGUUACAUUGAAAUUGCUUGAUUUCUGAAGUAUUACAACGCCGCUACGCCUGAUACAUCACAGUUUGUCAAUCUGUCUAACUGGGAGUAUUAAAAUUAAUA